AUGUGGAUGCGGAUGCUUGCCUUCUUCCUGUGGGUUGAAAGCAGAUGUGAAGGAGACUGCCUGGCUCCGAAAGUCCGGUGGUCUCCACCAGCUGGUGCUUGCUGGGAGUUUUCGGAGAUUCCGGACUUACUGUCGAUGGUGCCAGAUGGGGCUCGCUGCACACCUCGCUGCGCGAUUGGCUACACGGCAUCGGAGACAUCAUUGCUGUGCAAGUCUGGACAGCUGACGCCUCUCACCUUCAGCUGCACGCCGCAUGCUUCGCGCGCGCAACAAGAUCUUGCUGCCCCAUCCACUUUGGCCAUUUCACGAUGCAUGGAGAACAUCUCGUAUUGCGGGAAGAAGGCAAGGCAUUAG